AUCAAUCGUGGUAAUCAUCAUAAUAAAAAACAAAGGGUUAUGUGGCGAAGGUUGAAAUAUUUUCACAUACGUUAUACAAAAAAUCUUCAACGAAUUCAGACGGGUAAUGUUUAUUCGAAAGCGUUAAUCAUAUUUUUAUUGUUGAAUAUUCCAUUCAAUUGUUAUCUAUUAAUAUUUGUUUUGUGCAAAACUAUCACAUGGAAAAUUCAAUAUCUUGCUGGUUCGAUUAUUGCCGAAGAGAUUAUCUGUAUAUUUGGAAUACACUUGUUAUUUGCUACAGCUAAUCGACAAUUUCAAAAAUCAAGUUCCAGAUUCAUGUCCAUAUUGGCCGAACAGCAUCAACAUUUCAAUAGUCACAUUGAUCUGGCUAAUCGAUUGAAAAUAAUUUACUAUGGACAAAAUUUUCAUUCAAAAAAUAAAUAUGGUUUUACAUAUGGAAAACUUGAACUAAUUUCGAUGAAUGAAUUUGUCAAAUAUUCUCUACUUUAUUCACAAAUAUUAAUGUAUAUCUAUGUUCGUAUUGUUUCAGGACGAUUAUCAAAUCAACAUUGAUGUCAAUAUAAUAAAUUCUUAUGAAUGUUAACAUGAAGAGAUUGAAAACAAUAUAU